UCGUCGUCCGUCUUCCUUCUCUCGCGCCGUCAGCCACACGGAGUCGCCCGACGCACGUCACCUGCCCGCUCGACACACGCCGCCCUUCUCCAGGGGCCGCCCGACGAAUAGCCGCCACCGCUCACACCGCCGACACCUCGCGGCCGAGCGGGAUCCCAUCCCCCGGCGCCCCCGUUGUGCGCCCGCGCCACCCGGCGCCCCGCGCGGCUCGCUGGGCCUCAGGAGGAAUAAGCAACGGUGAGCUGGAAUAUGGCAGAGAAAGCGAAUGGGAAGGAGGACACCAAAAGGACAGGACUGGAAGGAACAGGCCUGCCGCUACAAGGCAGUUCCCAUGGCAACCUUCGCAGCGCCGGCAGCGACCAACAGCUGAGGCAGUUGCUCGAUUCGCUUAAAUCCUCCAAGUCCCCUGCUGUGGUCAACUAUGGUGCCUCAUGGUGUCGUGUUUGCAGUCAGAUUCUUCCAUCCUUCUGCAAGUUGAGCAAUGAAUUCGAGAAUCUUACGUUCAUCUAUGCUGAUAUUGAUGAGUGCCCUGAAACAACACAAAGCAUACGCUACACCCCAACCUUCCAUUUUUAUCGAGAUGGAGAAAGGGUUGAUGAGAUGCUUGGCACAGGAGAGGAGAGAUUACAUGAUCGGCUUUGGUUGCAUUCUUGAUGGUUAUUUGUCACUAGCUUCCGCACCCACUGUUCUCAUGAACCGUUUAUGUUGAAUGUGACUUGGAUUUUGUUUUUUAAAAUUUUUGUAACUAGUAACGUUGUUCUAUUUUUUUUAUGGCCAUAUUUACUAGAGUAUAUUCAGCAUAUA